GGGAUGGUUUUGUUUUAACGAGUCGGAUAUAUUUAUCUGUUUCCAUCUAUGCAGUAAUGGAUAUAUUUGAUAAAACGUCACUUAAUGCGAUGCCAGCACCGGUCCAAGACUUCAGAGGGACCGAUGGAUCAUUACUGUCAGCUCUGAAGACUUUACUGUUUUUCACAAUUAUGAUGAUCACCUUACCAAUAGGAUUGUACUUUGCUUCAAAAGCAUACGUUUUUGAAGCUUCGAUGGGGUUUUCCAGCAACGACAGCUAUUUCUACGCCGCCAUUGUGGCAGUGGUGGCAGUACACGUUGUGUUGGCCCUCUUCGUGUACGUGGCGUGGAAUGAAGGUUCUCGGCAGUCAAGGGAGGGCAAGCAGGACUAGUGGGCAGUCUGAGGACUUGUUGGGGAAGACCUGGUGAAGAAGAGCGCAGGGAAAAAGCAAGCUGUGCACACACAGCUGGAGCUGCGCUACCAGAGGAAUGGCAGCUGGGUAAUUUUGCAUCAUUUCAGGGAAUGUGGGGAAGUUAAGGUUUGGUGAUAACAAUGCAUGGUACUCCUCAGAAUAGUUCAGAAAAGCCCUGGGAAUUAUUGCUUUGCCUGUAAUGCAAACUCAGUUAUGUCAGAUAAAAUUUGAACACCCACAAAAUAUAGUUCAUCUUACGUUUGGUAAACCAGACCCUCCAUUCAGUAAUAACUAAAGUGUACAAAAUGUUUUGCCAGUGUGUUCUGUUGUUUAGUGUAUUGUGUUUCAGUCAUUCCCACCAGCCUUACUUUUGUGGUUAUAAUCUUUUUCAGUCCAUUUUAUUUUGUGAGUGUGUAAACAUAAUGAAUGUGUGAUCAAGGAUAAAAGCACUGACCAUUAUGAUAGAGGUCAGAAUUAAAUCAAAAGCAUUGAUCAUCUGCUAGUUAUGAAUAUCAACACUGCAUCCAAUAGAUGCAGUCUCUUCACUUGUUAUGAAGCACCAACGUAAAUGUAAAACAAUGCAAAACAAAUUCAUAGGCAAAGUGAUGUUGGUCUAAUUGUUUAUCGCUCUUGCGCUUACACAUGUACUGUGGGAAAGGUAUAUAAUUACAUACAUUUGAACAUACAUUUCUAUAAAUACAUACAUGUAUUUUGCAACACUAUGUAUGGAUCACAGUACAUGUGUUAAAGUAACAAUAAUUUAUAAUUUUGUAAUAUGGUACACAUACAUAAUGUAGUCAUAAAAUAGAGAAGGUAUGUUUGGUAAAUUUGGAACAUUUGCGCUAAUAGUGUUAAUUGUGAUUACUCCAUUGUUAAAUGUUUAGGCUGAGUUUGGUAUUCUAGGUUAGAAUGUGUGUGUGUGUGUGUGUGUGUGUGUGUGUGUGUGUGUGUGUGUGUGUGUG